GACGCUCGCCCCGCCCUCCGUCGGGCUCUGCUGCUCGGGGGCGCUCGGGAUCCACCGAGCGAGCGCGAACGGUACGGACGCGGCCGCACAACUCCUGCCUGGAACCGAGCCAAGGUGACGUGACGGGGAGCGCGAGGCCGCGCCUCAGGGCUGGCGGCGCCCCUGGGCGGGGCGGGAGCCCCUCAGCGCGAGGACGGCGCGGGCGAUGCCGCAGCACUGAGUCGCAGCGCCAUGGCGUCCGGCUGCGCGCCGCCGUUCGGGGACGCGGCGGAGAUGCGGGAGGGCUUCUUGUGCCCGCUGUGCCUGAAGGACCUGCAGGCGUUCCAGCAGCUGCGCGCACACUACGAGGAGGAGCACUCGGGCGAAGACAGAGACGUCAGAGGCCAGAUCCGAAGUCUUGUCCAGAAAGCCAAGAGAGCAAAGAAGAAAUUACUGAAACGAGAAGGAGAUGACAGAACUGAUUCUGGAUCUCAGGAACGAUAUGAGUCAUUCAGCUAUGGUGGCAUAGAUCCAUACAUGUGGGAGCCCCAAGAAGUAGGUGCUAUGCGAAGCCAUCUUUCCAGUUUCAAGAAAUACCGAGCAGCCAGGAUUGAUCACUAUGUAGUUGAAGUCAAUAAGUUGUUAAUCAGGUUAGAAAAGCUUACAUCCUUUGAUAGAGCAAACACCGAGUCAGCUAAAAUAAGAGCUAUAGAGAAGUCUGUUGUGCCUUGGGUCAAUGACCAGGACGUUCCAUUCUGCCCAGACUGUGGCAAUAAGUUCAGCAUGCGAAACAGGCGUCACCACUGCCGGCUUUGUGGAUCUAUUAUGUGCAAGAAGUGCAUGGAACUUAUCAGUCUUCCCUUGGCAAGCAAACUCACCAGUGCCAGUAAAGAGGCCUUGAGUUCUCUUACUAGCCCGAACGCCUCACCUAAUAGCGUCCAUGGCUCUCGCCGAGGCAGCAUUAGCAGUAUAAGCAGUGUGAGCUCUGUUCUGGAUGAGAAGGAUGAUGACCAAAUCCGUUGUUGUCAGCACUGCAAAGAUACUCUGCUGAAAAGAGAACAACAGAUUGAUGAGAAAGACUACACUCCAGAGAUUGUGAAACUCUAUGAGAAACUCCGACUCUGCAUGGAAAAGGUUGACCAGAAGGCACCAGAAUAUGUAAGGAUGGCAGAAUCUCUGAAUGCUGGUGAGACAACCUACAGUCUUGAACAUGCUAAUGACUUGAGGGUGGAGAUUCAGAAAGUAUAUGAAUUUAUAGAUGCCUUAAGUAAGAAGAUUCUGAGUCUAGGCUUGCACGAAGAGCCCCAACCUCAUCCUAAAACACUACAGCUUCAGAGAAUGAUAAGAUACUCAGCUACUCUUUUUGUUCAGGAAAAACUGUUCGGCCUAAUGUCCCUGCCCACCAAAGAUCAGUAUGAAGAACUGAAGAAGAGAAGACUGCAUAUGGCAGCUCUUGAAACACACAGAAAACAAGAGGAGAAGCAGAAAGACUUGAUUUACAGAUCUGCAGCUGCAGUUAAUGGUGAUGCAACUCUCCUUAAAAAAGGAACAGUCAGGAAAUCUGAAGGCUGGCUACCUACAUCUAGCGUAUCUCGACAGAGUGAGGUAGCAGACCCACUUCUUCAGCAGAUUGACAACAUCACUUCCUUUAUUAAGCAAGCAAAGGCAGCUAAUCGGCUGGAUGAGGUCCGUAUGUUGCAAGAAAACCUGAGGCAGCUUCAGGAUGAAUAUGAUCAGCAACAAACUCUAAAAGCUAUUGAGCUUUCUAAAAAGCAGGCAGAAGAGGAAGAAAAGCAGAGGGAAGAACUUCAGUUUCUUUGUGAAAAAGAGUGGGAAAGAGAACACCACAAAUUCAUGUCUCAGCGUUCAAGGACAGGCUCCUUAGAUUUCAGAGAAGGCAAGCAGCAUCAGUAUGAAGCUGCAAAAGAGAAUCAGAACUUGUUAGCACAUGGAUUGGAUUUAGAUAUUACUCAAGUGAAAGGGAACCGAAGUUUUGAAACUACUGCUGUUCAGCAGCUGCCAGCUAAAGAGUACUUAAUUUUUCCAGUCAGGCACCAGAAUACUCCACGCUGUGACAAAGACCAAAAUCAGGCAGCCUGUCUAAACCCCUUUGAAGAUGAUGCAGAUACCCCUCUGUCAGAGGAAGAUCCCACUAACCCAUUUGCCAAAGAUGUAUCUCAGCCAAUUUCUUUUUCUAACACAGCUCUGCAAAGUGAUAAAAAAGAAUAUAAUCCAUUUGAAAAUGAGGAGGAAGGUGAACAAACUAGUGGAGCAUCUGUCAGUACUCUAAAUCCCUUUGAAGAGGAUGAAAAUCCAUUUCAAAAGUCUGGGAGCAAUUGGAAUUCUGGAAAUCCAUUUGAAGAAUCUUCUUCUACCAAUCCCUUUGAAGUGGAGGAUGUCAGUGAGAUCUUAAGAGAGGAGGCUAUAGAGGAGGAACUGCUUCUCCAACAGAUAGAUAAUAUCAAAGCCUACAUAUUCGAUGCCAAGCAUAGCGGACGAAUGGAUGAGGUGGAGCUACUGACCGAGAACUUGAAAGAACUGAAGUACACGUUAGCAAAACAAAAGGAGAAGUACAACUGUUGAAGCAGCAAUCACACCUUGUAAUAGUUACCUCAAGUCCACUGUUAAGAGAUGGGAAGAUGGAGCAGGCAGUUAUAAACAGCAGUACAGAUUACAAGAAGGAACUGGGAGAAUGUUGUAUUUUAAAAACUUUCAUUUAUGUAUUCCCAAUGCUACUUAGCCUUGAAGAAAGAAGAUAAGAGGAAUGCUGCUAGUCUUGAACACUUAGAAAACUUACAAUAACUUGUUACAACCAUCUUAAUGCUAAUUUGUCUUAUUGUGUGCUUAUUUUGGUCAAAAGUGUUAAGCAGUAAUAGGGAACUGUCACUUUGAAAUGGUUUCAGGGUUGGUUUGUCAUCUUUCCUCGUUUCCACUGUGCUGUUAACAGCAGCUGAGUUACUGGCUUUUCAAGUAGAACUUUGACUGAAGAGACAAAAGUGGUUCUAAAAUUUCUGCAUCUUCUGAUAAUGGCACAGUGUAAAUUGUAGGCCAGUCUAAUUGUCCUAAGAGAGUUACAAGAAAGUGCUAAUGAAAGGCUGCUGUGAUUCUUUGAGAUGCAGAAUAUACAGGCUACAGGUCAAUUUUGUGUAACAAUACAUAAAAUGGAUUUAAUAACUAUUAGAAACUUCACUGAUCUUAAUAUGAGUAACUUUUAAAAUGUGUAUAUAAGAAUUCCUAGGUAGAACUGAGGUGCCACCUUGUCAUUACUUUUAGUUUCCCAGUUGCUCUAGGCACAAACUGCAGUGUAACAGAGCCACAAUGGCUUCAGAGAUACGUGUGUGGGAAUGAAUAUGUAGAUACCCAUUUCCAGAACAUCAGGCUAGCAUCACUUCAAACUGUAGUAUUAAGGGUGACCUUGAAAUUCCUAAUUAUAUUCUGGAACGUGCACAUUCCUUUAUAUUCUCUGGGUUACAGAAUGAUCAUAUUUGUCUUAUCUGAGACUUGAAUCCUCUUCGUAGCAUUUAAAGAACAGAAAUCCUGCUUACAAUGGAGAGCUGAAGUGCCACUGAACUGGAAUUCUGUGAAAGCUGGGCUGUGAUUGUGCCAAAUGUAAGUUCCUAUUUUAUACUUGAUUCUCAUCAUAAGUUACAAGAAUCGGGCAUGUGCAUCUUCAGUGAGCAGGUCCACAUGGGAGUCUUGGUGUGGACCUCUGCCCAUGGCAGUGACUAGGUGAAGGCCAGCUCCUGUGGUGCAGGAGGGCUUCUGAAGAUUGGUAUUGUAAAACUUAGGAUUGCUCAAUGUUAAGUUAGCAUGUAUUUUGCUAAAGACAGUCUGAGCUACUUUCCCCACCCCCUCACGUCCCCAUCCCCCCCUUUGAGAGGCCCAUCUUCAGACAUCAGUGUUUGAAAAGGUGGCUGGGAGGAGUUAGUUAAAAAAAAGGUGUAUUUAAUUAAAGCUGAAAUGGAGGAUAUUGGGCAGAUCAUACUCCUUUGCACUAAUAGUAGUGGGCUUACUGAGAAGUACAAAGUUUUGUGGAGUGGGACAUCUCUUAACUAUGCCUCCAAUAACAUAUGAAGAGCAUAGCUGUAACUGGGGCAUUACUUAGUAUUUCAGAAACACAAAUAAUCGUGCUACCUGAACAGUAGGAACUCUAGAUUUGCUUUCUUUUAAAUAUGUUGGAGGUACGUACUCCUGUUUAAGACAAACAAAACCAACAAACGUACCCUUAGUAACACUAAUAACUGAUCAGAAUAACUCAGUGCAGCUACUUCAGGACAGUUGUUCUUAGUGCAGUCUAAAUCUGAAGUUGAAAGGUGUGCAGAAUGGGUUGUCUUAAGAACUUCAGUUUUUUAUACCAAUUAUUGUUGAGUGAAUCUCUAAGCGUUACUGUGCAUGAAGUGGACCAACCAUCUGUGCAGCAGAAUUCUGAAAGGUUGUAAACUAAAAUUCUGUGCUGUGGCACUUCAUUUACAAAGGCAGCAAAAAUUAUCCAUAGCUAAAGUUUAUCCCAAGAAUUGUUCAUUUUAAAAUGGAUAGUACAAGUCAAUUAUUCAAGGCAGACUAGUUUGCUAGUCAAGAGGAGUACUCCCUGCAUUAUAACCCAAAGCUGCUUUUGAUAUUGAGUUGAAAAGAAUAUUUCAGUGGCUUCAGCUCUUGCAUUUAAACAGUGUGUUUUCCUUGUUGUAACUAUCCUGCACUAUUUGUAUGCUCAGUCUAAUUACACUAAUAAAGUAUCCUUCUGUACAUGUAA